AUGUCUCAUUACACACUGAGAGGUUUACCCAAUGUUGCUGGACAGUUUGGUGUUGCGGCAGUAACUGGAUAUUUUCACUCCAUAGCUUCUGCUGCACAUGUCAAAGGAGUGGAUGAUAGUUUGCAGGAUAUUUUACGUCUCCUCGCUUUGUGGUUCAACCACGGAGCUACUUCAGAGAUUAUUGCGAGGAUACUUUUUAAUAACCAUGCUGUCAGGGAAUUAAUACAAUCGCUGUUAGUACGGAUUGGCCAAAGUCAUCCGCAAGCUCUUAUGUACCCUCUCCUUGUGGCAUGCAAAUCUAUUAGCAAUUUACGCAGAGCUGCAGCUCAGGAAGUGGUUGAUAAAGUUAAACGGCAUAGUGGUCUACUGGUGGUUCAGGCUCAUGAGACGUGGCGCCAAGCAUUGGAAGAGGCGAGCCGCUUAUACUUCGGGGAACAUAACAUUGAGGGAUUGCUUAAGGUAUUGGAGCCAUUGCAUGAAAUACUCGAGGAAGGAGCUAUGAGGAACGAUACUACCAUAAAAGAGAAAGCCUUCAUUCAGGCUUACCGCCAUGAAUUAUUGGAGGCCUAUGAAAGCUGCAUGAAAUAUCGAAGAACUGGAAAAGAUGCAGAAAUUAAUCAGAACCCUCAACAAGAUCUUCACAUUAGCUUCAUUGCAUUUGCUGUUUGGACAUUCCAAAAUGUAGCAGGCUACAAUGUCUAA